GCACCGGUGCUCGCUCCACUGGCCGUUAAUCAGUCCAUCUCGUCAGCUUCGUUCACUUGUAUGAAAAAUUCAGGCUUUUCGACAGCAUUCAUCCGGGCUUACAUGCCUAUUGCCGACGGAAUGGUGGAUUCAAAUUUUGUGCAGAAUGUAUAUAACGCACUUGGCCUUGGAACUGAAGUUUACGCCAUUCCACAGGCAGCAGGAAUCAAGACUGCGGCACAACAGUUCGACGAAAUUUACAGUUGCAUAAAGCAAAGCCAAAUUAUUUUGCAUAACAUUCAGGUAACAUCGCCUAUUCACUGGUACUGGAACGUAUUAGGAGAAGGAGAAACCGGGAGAACUGCAGCAGAUUUCAGUGACUUCCGCUCUUUUGCAGCCUUCAUUAAUCCGAUAAUAAAGACGUACGCAAGGGCGACACGGAUCUGUGGAACUUCGGUGGACCAAAUUGUAUAUCCACAAAGUUAUGGCUUAUUUUCAGCUAAUUCAACGGAUCAAAAUGAUAAAAUGAUUAUUGUCGGCUCAAUACAAAUACCUUACAGUUGA